AGAAAGGACGGUGGAUUUAUUUCUCAAUCGUGAUCUAUAUUACUUCAUCAUCUUCUUGAGCUCUUCGCAGUCACGUUCAGGGCAAACUAUUUGUCGGGCGAGUGUAAUCCAGUAACAAAGUGCAUAACAUCUGUGCUACACGCGAAUCGUUAGGGUAACAAGUAGUCAAUUAGAUCAAAUAAUUGUGAAGCAAAUGAGCAAGUUGCUUAGGAUUGGAUUCCUCGGUGGAGGUAAAAUGGCACAGGCGAUGGCGAACGGAUUCAUUUCUGCAGGACUAACGAAGGGACAGAACAUGACCGCUAGCUUUCAUCCGUCGGACGAGCCAAACAUCAAGGCAUUUAAAUCAUUUGGGGCGGAAACAUUUGUGGAGAAUCUUCCUGUAGUGAAAAAUUCGGAAGUAAUUUUCGUCUCUGUCAAGCCCUCGGUUGUUUCAACCGUCCUAGAAAAUGUUCGUCCUAAUAGUGAAGGGAAAUUAUUUAUCUCGAUUGCCAUGGGAGUUACAAUUGCUGAAUUGGAGAAGUCUCUUUCGCCGAAAGCACGUGUCAUAAGAGUUAUGCCAAACACACCCGCCUUAGUUCGAAGUGGAGCUUCAGUGUAUGUUCGCGGCAAGACUGCUACUGUUGAUGAUUGUGCUCUAACCCAAUCUCUCUUUGAAGCGAUCGGUACCUGUGAAGAAGUAACUGAAUAUCUAAUGGAUCCCAUCACUGCCCUUUCGGGUAGUGGUCCAGCUUAUAUUUUUGUGCUGAUAGAAGCGCUUGCAGACGGAGGAGUGCGCAUGGGACUGCCACGCGAUUUAGCUUAUCGACUGGCAUCGCAAACUGUGUUGGGAUCUGGAAAAUUGGUGCGAGAAUCCGGUCGGCACCCAGGACAGUUGAAAGAUGACGUAACAAGCCCAGCCGGCUCGACCGCAGCCGGAUUGGCAUUCUUGGAGCAAAAUGCAUUUCGACAUGCCGUAGCCGGAGCAGUGGAAGCGGCGACACUUCGAUGCCGUCAAGUUUCAGGCAAUAAAUAAAAUCUAUAGCAUUCCUUUCCUCACCCUUCCUACACCCAUGAAUAUGCAUACAUGUGAAGUUCAGAACGGUUAUAUAGAUAAUAAAUAAUACCAAACAUCA